AUGACGGUCUGCUCAGGAUGUGGAAUAACUACAGGUGCUAAUAUAUGUUGUCCUGUUUGUUUAAAACAUAAUAAAGAAGCAUUUUAUUGCUCUCAAGAAUGUUUUGAAAAAAAUUAUAAUGAGCAUAAGAAUAUACAUUAUUUUAUAAAACUUACAAACAAUGAUGAAUUACAUAAAAAAAAUAUGCAUGAAAAUGGUGGUACCCCCAAUAGUAGUAACCCCAAUUUAUCUGUAAUAAUUUUAGACGAGGAAAUUGAAAAAGAUAAACUAAAUGGGAAUACAAAAGGAAAUAGUUAUUUUUUAAAAAAAAACAAAAUCGAUGGUAGUACUAUGGAUGGUGAAGGAAUGGACAUGGUCAUGGAAGAUCUUAACAAUGAAAUGCUAAACAUCGAAAAUAUUGGAAAACAAAAUGAUAUGCAUAUUUUUCAAGAAAACGUAGGAAAUAGUAAUUAUUUUUCACGGGAAACUAAUUUAAGUAGUGCCCAAAAUGAAGGAGAAAACGGAUUUAAUAAUAUAGAAUAUAAUCAAGCUACAAAAAAUAUAAUGUUUGAAAAUUAUCAAAGAAAAAAAAAUUAUAAUAAAUAUAAUAAUGUUAAAAAUUAUUAUUUAUUUGAUGAUAGUACAAACAAUAAAUCUAAAGAAAUUCAUGAAAAUGAAAAUAUCGAUAAAGCAAAAUUUAAUAAAUUUUUUUUAAAAAAUAAUAAAAUUUCAACUUAUAUAAAUAGAAUUGUAAAUUAUAUAUCAUCAUAUAAAUAUAAUGUUAUAUUACCAUAUUAUCAAGACAUACAAAAUAAAGAUGAUAAAAUAAAUUCCAAAAAUAAUAAUAAAAUACGAACUAAAUUAACGGAACAAAAAAUUAUAGAACUUAAAAAACAACUUAGAACUCAAAAACCAUUUAAAAUUAUUGUCUUGUUUAUUAUUAUUUCUAUUAUUGUUACUUUAUCUACUUGUCUUUUUUCAUAUAUUUUAGAGGCAUCUCAAAAAACAGUUUUAAAAAAUUCUGAAAAUCGGUUAAAUCCAAAAAAUAAUAAAGACUUGGAAAUAGCUGAAUUAAAAUCAUAUAUAAGAGCAAUUGAAGAUUUACGACAAGAAGUUUAUGAGAUGAAAGAAAUCUUAUAUGCUCACAAUGUCCAAAUAAAUAAACAUUUUCACAUUAACAGUUCAUAUAGUAUAUUUGAUAAUUUUAGUAAAAUGAAACCAACUAUUCAAGUUGCACACACUAAAAGAGCAACUGAUAAAUUAAAUAGUUUAACAUCACAUUCUUUUUAUGAUAAUAAUUUGAUAAACUCAAACAUAAUUUAUGAAAAUGAUCCAGCAAAUCCGCAAAAAAAUAUUGAUGAUCAAAUUCCCUUAGUACAACACCAAUAUGAUGUUAAUGCUAUUCACGAAUUAAAACAUUCAAAUAAUUAUAGACAAAAUCAAGAUAUUACAUAUGAACAAAAUAAUUCAACAACUCCAGAAGAAAUACAAUCAUUUAAUGUAGGCCAUACACAAAAUGUUAGAAACUUUGAAGAAACAGAUCAAGCCCAAAAUUACAUGCAUGUUAUUCAUCCCGAAAAAGACCAUGUACAAUAUAUUCCAAAUAAAGAACCGAUGGAAACAAGUGCCUACAUUAACCGAGUUGAUGAUAUAAUUGAAAGUCAACAUAAUAAAACUAAUUUAGUAACAAAUCAUAAUAUGAAUACAGAAUUUGAACAAGCUACUGAAAUUAGGCCAAUUAUAAAUGAAGAAAACUCAGCUAGCAAAAUUGAUAUUACACACGAUAGCAGCUAUGUGAAUGAAAAUGAAAAUAUAAUACAUAAUCAUGAUAUAAAAGAAAAGCAUAAAAAAAAUUCAUUUCAAAUAGAUGAGAAUGAAAACCAUGAAAAUAAUGAUAGGAAAAAUAAUAUUAAUAAGCCAAAUAAAAAAAAGCAAAACACAAUUUAA